CGAUGCUCCUCUGGAUGACCAUGUACACCUUGGCCCUCCCUGGCCUGCUGCGCGCUCAGGGGCUCCAACUCCCUCCAGCGGACUCCCCAGCCUGCAUCCAUCUGCAACGAGAGCCUGUGGAAACUACACUCCCGUGCCCAAUCCUGUACAACUGCCACGAUGGCCAUCGGCAUGUCUGCCAAAUCGAACUGAAUGCUUCAGGCCAACGCUGUACGGGGUGCGGCGAUGUCGACGAUGAAGAGUACCUCGAAACCUGCCGUCUAGGGGCGACCACCCACCCCACAGUGCCAUGUCCGGGACACUAA